AUGGAGUCGCUCACAACCCCAAACUCCAUCCUUCGGCGUCAGCACAUCCAGAACUUCUCAGAAGCCUCCCAACUAGAGCCUCACUGGGGGUACGCCUACCGUGUAGUCCCCUGCACAAACGACCCAGGGUCAUGCGCCUACCUAGACGUGGUCUAUGACGCCCACGAUGCAGGCAUGCUAUACACGGGCAUCUUCUGGGCCACCGUCCUGGGCAUCCUCCUCAUCUGGGGCAUCGGUCGCCGUGUCUUCCCAGCCCGAGAACCAGUCGACGACCUCCUCGCCCAGCUAUCCACCAACGAAUCAACCCCCCAACGUCCCAAACCCAGCUUCCUCUCCCGUUCCUUUGGCGCGGUCGCCUCCUCCGUUAGACACCACCUCCUCCCCACCGCUCCCCUAAGGACCAUCUUCGGGCACACUACCCGCCUCCAACUCGUCAUCCUCGCCGUCUUGACAAGCUACCUAUCCAUCUGGUCCUUUGUGGGAAUCGUCUACGGGAAAUGGGUAACCCCCAUCAAAGGCCAGCCAGCAGACGUAGUCAACACGCGCACCUCCCUCGGCCCCUGGGCCGACCGCGUCGGCGUCCUCGCCUACGCGCUCACCCCCUUAUCCGUCCUCUUUGCCGCCAGAGAGUCGAUCCUCUCAGCCGUCACCGGCGUCCCAUACACCUCCUUCAUGUUCCUUCACAAAUGGACCGGCUACAUCAUCCUCGUGCAAUCCCUCCUCCACACUCUAGGUUGGGUCCUGAUCGAAGGCUGGCUGUACAAACCCCAACCCGACGUCUGGAACAAGUGGGUGGUGCAGGAAUACGCCAUCUGGGGCUUCGUCGCCCUCGGCCUCCUCGUCCUCCUGUGGAUCUGCUCCUUCCAGUGGGUCAUCAAGAACAUCACCGGGUACGAAUUCUUCCGCAAGGCGCACUACGUCAUGGCCAUGGUCUACAUUGGGGCGUUGAUCGGUCACUGGGAGGAACUGCAGUGUUUUCUCGUGCCCGGUAUUGUCCUUUGGGUGGUUGACCGGCUUGCCAGAUUAGUGCGGAUGGGGAUGUUGCACUGUGGGUACCAGCGCAAGGAAGGACGGUGGGGGUUUUCCAGUGCCGAGGCGGAAGCAAAGUUCUGGAAGGAUGAGAGGUUUGGGGAUGUGGUUAGGUUGGAUUUUGAGCAUCAUCAGAAGGCGUGGAGUAUUGGGCAGCACUUCUUUUUGUGUUUUACCGAGGGGAGUCUGUGGCAGAGUCAUCCUUUUACUCCGUUGUCGCUCCCUCAGAUUAACAACGUUGGGGACGUCAAGCAUUCGUAUAUUUUCCGGGCGAAGGGGGGGGAGACGAGGAAGAUUGCGAGGGUGAUUGAGGAGAAGUUGAAGGAGCAGAAGGAAGGGAGGACGACGACGAAUGUGGUGCUUCAGGGGCCGUAUGGGGAGAAUAUUGUGGAGGGCUUGACGCAGGAUGUGAAUGUGCUUUGCGUGGCUGGUGGAACGGGAAUUACCUAUGUCCUGCCUGUUUUGUUGAGAUUGGUGAGGGAGAAGGUGAACCCCGACAGGAAGAUCGAGUUGGUCUGGGCGGUGAAGAGAAAGCAGGAUCUUGAAUGGGUUGAGCCAGAGUUGGAGGAGUUGAGGAGGCUGGGUGUUGUGCAUGGAUUGCAGAUUCGAAUUUUUGUUACUGCUGAGGAUGUUGCUCCUGGAGCCAGGACGACAACCGGCGAUGAGAAGAAGGUGUCGGAGGAUGUCGACUCCAAGUCGGUGUCUGUGGGCAGUGACGAAAGCCAGAACCAGCGGCCUGACGUCAAUGUGGCUGUCAAUGAGUUUGUCGCCAACGUCGCUCAGGGCUCCACGCGCGUUUUUGGUAGCGGGCCACCGAGCAUGAUCACGGAGCUGCGUGAGGCUGUUGCGCAAAGAAACUCUGGAUCGAAGGUGUGGAAGGGUGAGGGGAGAUUUGACGUUCGUCUUGUUUGCGAUGAUCGGUUGGAAUGGUGA